AUGCCGGCUCAUCCUGCCCAAUCCUCCGGCGUACCACCACCACCCCGCACCGACUCGCCCGAUAUGGACUCCGCGAUUGAUCUCUCGGACCCCUCCAGGGCUCUGGAUCUGGCCAGCAUCCGUUUCCAGCUCAUCCGACUGGAGGACACCAUCACCUUCCACCUCAUCGAGCGCGUCCAGUUCCCGCUCAACGCGGGCAUCUACGUGCCCGGCGCCGUCCCCAUCCCGGACAGCGACCUCAGCUUCAUGGACUGGUACCUGCAGCAGCAGGAGAGGCUGCAGUCCCUCAUCCGCCGCUUCGAGUCGCCGGACGAGUACCCCUUCUUCCCGGACGCCCUGCAGAAGCCCAUCCUGCAGCCCCUCAACUACCCCAGGAUCCUGCACCCCAACGACGUCAACGUCAACGACACCAUCAAGAAGUUCUACGUCGACAAGUUCCUGCCCGCCGUCUGCCCGGACUUUGGGCGCGCGGACCGCGGCGCCUCGCAGGAGAACUACGGCUCGGCGGCCACGUGCGACAUCGCGUGCCUGCAGGCCCUGUCGCGGCGCAUCCACUUUGGCAAGUUCGUCGCCGAGUCCAAGUUCCGGUCCGAGCGCGAGCUGUACACGCGCAUGAUCCGCGCCGGCGACCGCGACGGCAUCGGCAACGCCAUCGUCAACAAGGCCGUCGAGAAGAAGGUCCUCGAGCGCCUCAAGCUCAAGGCCCAGACCUACGGCACCGACCCGUCCUCGUCCCAGGAGCAGGCGCAGACAAAGAUCAACGUCGACGCCGUCGUGUCCAUGUACGAGGACUUUGUCAUCCCGCUGACCAAGGACGUCGAGGUCGAGUACCUCAUGCAGAGAUUAGACGGGGAAGAGUCAUAG